AGCACGACCACACGUGGCUCAUCGUCUUUCUGAAACUGAUAGUCACUUGCUGUUACCGACACCGCUCGUGCAAUAUCCUUCCUGUUGCUCUACUACCACCAUGUUGGAGCACGUUCCACCUCCGAUAUAUUCCCAGCAGGAUCCGACAGAAGUCCAUCCCGAUAUCUCUCGGGAGCCACAGAUACUCAUUACACCCACUGUCGAUGCCCUUAAUUUUCAGAAAGGCUUUCUGGGUGCCGAGGGAGAACGCGCUGCCAUCGAAGGAGAACUGCAGAUCAAGGGGGCAGAACCCGGUCGAUGGCAUCGAAUAACUAUGUCCCUACGUACGGUCGAGAAGGCAUACAGCCAAGAGAUUGAACUAGGGAUGUCAGAAACAGUACUAUUUUCUAGUCCUGUGGAGAACGCUGCAGCUCUUCCGUCUUCCGUGCUAUUCUCCUUACCGCUUAUGCCCGAUACCCCUCAAGCUGUUAUCACGCCGCAUUCAUCACUGUCACAUACCUUAACGGUUACAUUGCACCCUACAAAUGCUUCGACGCCACCAGUUAUAAAAAGCAUGGCUGUUCACACCAGACGAUACAGUUCCCAUACCGAUUCUCUCCCCAUAUCACCCGAAACUCACGCUCUGGACCAACCAACGCGUUUUGAAGUCCAGGUUCCUCGUACAACGUUCAAGGCCGGUGAGCAGGUCCCGGUCUAUGUAACGAUCCCGCCGCCUGCCAAGGAGAUCGUGGUCGACCAGGGACUGAGGCUGCGCAACGUCAAGGUUGAAUUCGUACGCAUUGUGCAAGUCAAACACGAUGAACACGACGGGGAAUCGGAUGACCAAGAAGGACCUCCUUCAAAUGAUGAUGACGAACCUUCCGUCGGACCAUCAUCUACUACCACCCAGGAGAAACGCGCAUCAACGUAUAAAUGGCCCAUAUCACCUUUUGUUGUAGGGUCUUCCUUCAAGACUGUCCUGGCACGGUCUGGCGCGUCUUGUCGCUUUCAUGCCACAAGGCCGGUUCAGUUGCGAUUUAUUCUACACCAAACGUCGCCUUCAGGUUCGCCGGCAGAUAAUCAAAUGAGUCUGCCAGCAUCAGACUACGUGCAUCUAGAUAGUGAUGCAGAAUGUCCAUCAAUCACCCAGUCAACGCUUCUCCAUUCUAUAUCAUUUAAACUCAAUGUUUAUGUCUCCUUCGUCGACACAUCCAGCCACACGGAGCGCAUUUAUACUAUUUCUAUUCCAAUUUCGGUGCUGCCUCCACCGGCACCACUUCCCGAAGUUGCGGAAUCGAUAGACGUGGCUUACCAGAAGAAACAUGAUCGCCCACCUGUAAAGACAAACAGGGCCGAGGACACGGACCUUUCCAUACCACAUUACUCUGAAGGGGAGGCAGGACCGAGUGCACUUGGUGCCCCACCACCGUUUGAAGAACGAGAUGCUCCUCCGCCAUUCUUCUCCUCUGCUUCAGAGGCUUCAACCUCCACGCGACUGCCCACGUUCUUGGAAUCGGAGACUGAAAUCAUCAUUCCUUCGCAUGAAGAAUGCAUGAUACCACCCAUGCCAUUGUCUACCGUUCUCGUUGGAGAGGGCUUUGCAUUUGGUUUCCUUCCAACAGAUCAGUUUGAUGGGCACGAUAUGCAACGAUCUUCCACUCCACCGCCUACACUUGAAAUGGCAUCGAGGGACACUGAUGUCACACAACUUGCUGAGAUACCAGCUACAAGCCAGUCAAUUGAGGCGUUGGGUCUUGUAUUUGAACAGCAGCAAGAAUCAGAACAAGAACCUCCCCCUCCACCACCACCUGCUAUGGACGAUCCAUCCGAUCCCCCACCUUCAAUUGACUCUGACUUUCGUAUACCGCAUCACCAGCGUUCUAACCCAUCAUCUAUCUCUGAGCCGCCGAGGUUACACUCACCACCACCAGCACCCUCCCAAGCCCAAGAAGCCCACGGCCAUGCACCGCCUCCUUACCGAGUGCCCGCUAACCACAGGGACCAGGAGCAUGUUGCAAGGCCGCCACCAUACGUAGACUGAUCGUGCUUAUAGUUACGUUAUACGACAAUUCGCAGAAUCAGAUACGUCCUCGUUGUAAAAUAAAAAUCAGAAUACAUGUACGUGUGAAGUGUAAAGCAUUGAAGGCAUAUAUAUAAGAUGACGUGAACUUCAUAAAAAACACGGCGACUACGCACGUAUGUAG